UGCAUAGAUGCUGUAAUGGUGAUGGGAAAUUCUCACUUAUUUAUGAAUCGUUCCAACAAACUUGCUGUGAUAGCAAGCCAUAUUCAAGAAAGUCGCUUCUUGUAUCCUGGAAAGAACUGGAAAUUUGGAGAUAUAUUUGGUGACCCUGGCAACAGCUCCACUGAAUAUAAUCCUUCAGGCAGUAAGGAUGGAAAAUAUGAGUUGUUAACUGCAGCAAAUGAAGCAAUUACUGAAGAGAUUAAAGAUCUCAUGACCAAAAGUGACAUGGAAGGACAGCAUACAGAAACAUUAUUGGCAGGAUCUCUUGCAAAAGCACUUUGUUAUAUUCACAGAAUGGGCAAGGAAGUAAAAGAUAACCAAGAAAUGAAAUCAAGAAUAUUGGUCAUUAAGGCUGCAGAAGACAGUGCGUUACAAUAUAUGAACUUCAUGAAUGUUAUCUUUGCAGCACAGAAACAGAAUAUCGUGAUUGAUGCUUGUGUCCUAGAUACAGAUUCAGGGCUCCUCCAACAGGCCUGUGACAUUACCGGGGGCAUAUACUUGAAGGUGCCCCAGAUGCCAUCUCUUCUGCAGUAUUUAUUGUGGGUAUUUCUUCCUGAUCAAGACCAAAGGUCUCAGUUAAACCUCCCACCGCCAAUUCACGUUGACUACAGAGCUGCUUGCUUCUGCCAUAGAAAUCUCAUUGAAAUUGGUUACGUCUGCUCUGUGUGUUUGUCAAUAUUCUGCAACUUCAGCCCUAUUUGUACCACGUGCGAGACAGCCUUCAAGAUUUCUCUGCCUCCUGUUCUGAAAGCCAAGAAGAAGAAAUUAAAAGCUUCUGCCUAGAGACCAAAAUGAUCCCCAGAGCCCCAAUAUUUAACCCUCUUUUCUCCAACUGUUUUUCCUGACAUACACAGAUUUUUUUAACUCUGUACUGAAGAGGUUGUUCAAAGAAAUGAGAACUGUACAUACAUAACUAUAUUUUAUAUAGCUAGUCUGUUUUAAGAAUAAGUUCCUCAUGGGUCCCCAGGGGGGAGAGAGUUGGUUGAGGAGGUUCUGUUCCAGUGUGAUAACAGGGAGUUAUUUCUAUAAAGUGUUCAGGACAGGAGAACAUUUAGCUAAUUUCUAAAUUUUAAAAACACUGUUAUUUUCAAUUUAGUUCAAUAAGUAUUAAGCUGUUUACAAUGUGCAGAGGUGCUGCGGAUAAUCCUUUCCUCAGUAAUCAUUUAUUAAAGUAACCGUCGUGUUGAUUACAGACAUCAUCACGUGAAUGUUUUGUCUAAAUUUGGUUCUCCUUGGUGGAAUGCAGAAUGGGUGCUAUUGUAGCAUAAUCAUGACCAUUGAAACCCAUUUUUAUUCAUUCCCAGCACUUGUGGCCUUAAUCAAGAUGGAUUUUCUCACUUAAGACAACUUUUUGCUUUUACAAUAAAAGUGUAAAAAAACCUCUCAGUUCAUUAAUUUGUUACUCAUUCUCCCUCUCAGACGUUAGUAAAUAUUUAGUACUUAACCUUGAAACUUAAAAAACCUUUACUAAGUGUAGCUAUUUUUACCCAAAUAAUAAUCACUGAGUAAUUACUGGGCCUUUAUUUUGAAAUGAGUUAGGAAAGUGAGCUGAGUACGGCAAAUACACACAUGCUAAUAUAUAGGCACUAAAAUGUGGUUUCUGGGAGAACGGGAAAUCACUCUCGGUCACAUGAGUUCUACCUUAACAUGAUUCUUUCACCAGUUUAAGGAAUUAUUAGAAAAUCUCUGCGAGUGUUCAUGUUGCCUUUGCAAUCUUUCUUAAAUUCAAAAGAAAAAAUAUUUAAUUUAGUUCUAGAAAAAUGGCUUUUUCAUAAAUGCCUGAAGUUAUUGAAAAUUCUUUUGUCUUCCCAGUUAUAUAAGAAGUAUCAAGGAAUAGGAAAAUUAUGGAGACAAGUAUUUUUACUUACUGAUACAUAAGACUUUUAUUGUUUCCCAGAGAAACUAGACUGUUAAGUUAUGUUUGCUUAGGGAAUUUAGACAGACUUUUCUGGUUGUAUUAAAGACUAUAGUAAAAGUAUUUGUGAUAAUUUUGGGAAGUGUUUUAAAAACCCUUGAUAUUUAUGUUGUGUUAAAAUGUGGUUGUUUUAAAUUGAGUGUUAAAUCUUGUGGGAACAGGCACUGAACAGGACUUGAGAAGAGUCUGAGAUUUGGAGUAAAAGGACCUAGGUUCAAAUUCUGACUGCUACUUGGCUUUGAGUUUCCUUAACAUAAGGAGGGAGUUGGCCAUAACCUUUACGUUCUUUCCUGCUCUAAAUCUUUGAAUCUAUAACUUGAAUUUAAAUCCUUUUUCUGACAUAUAUUAACUAUUUGACCAGGAACAAGUAAUUUCAUUUGAGCCUUAGUGUUCUCAUCUGUAAAAUGGGAAUUCUUAAAUUUAUCUACCUCACAGGGCUGUUGUGAGGACAAUGUUUUGUAAAAACUGUAAAGUGGCAUGUAAAUAUGAGCUGCUGUUAUUCUCCUACUGUGUACUUGGGUAUAACGGGGAUCGUUGUUUUUGAGUCUGGUGAAACAGUUGGUGCCUGAAAGGGAUCAGAAGAAUUUCAGAACACUUGAAUCGGGACUUUCUUUUCUCUUGUCUCAUUUAAAAACUCUCGUUUGUUCAUUCCGGUUACGUUUUAUUUCAACUGUAUAGUUAAUUUUAAUAUGAAAUUUUUCAAUAAAAUAAUUCACUUUUUUCAA